AUGGCGGUGCCUUUUAUUGUUCAGUGGCUUGAGUUGCAGGAAGAGCGGCAGUUUCGUGAGCAUCGCGAUGAGUUCCAGAUGGCCGAGGAAAUGUUCCGGUCUCGGUAUCGACUGAGUAAGGACUUGGCACGGUGGCUGUGCGAAGAGCUUCGUCCGGUGCUUGUGCGGGAGCGAGUGAACACUCGCACAGCGUUGACUGUAGAAGUUCAAGUCCUGUGCGCGCUUCGCUUCCUUGCCACAGGCGGAUUUCAAGGUGCGAUUGCCAGUGACGAGGACUUGACUACAAGUCAAUCUAGCGUUAGCCGUUCGAUUCACGCAGUCAUCGAGGCUAUCGUGGAUUACAUCGGCGACGCAUGGAUCUCGUUUCCAGACGACACAGCGGCAUUGAAUUCUGCAUCCGAAGGGUUCGUGCGCAGAGACUGCAGGUUCCAGGGUUGCGUCGGGGCUGUGGAGGGCACAUUUGUGUGCAUUCGCGCACCAUCGGAGAGGGACGUUGCCAACAAGGCGGCUUACUUCUGCCGGAAAGGCUAUUACGCCUUGAACGAACGUCAUGGUG